AUGUCGCGAGCGACACCACGCAAACACAAAGGCGCCGGCGGCGGCGGCCAUGCCCGCACGCGGUCCCAACACCUCCAGGCGCAGGCACAGAUGGUCCAGACUUCCGACUACGAGUCCGACACCCCGUACUACAUGAGCGCAGAUGCCCCCUCGGCUUCCGCCCACCUCGCAAACCGCGGCACCAUGAGCAUCACCGACCUCAACCUGAGCGUCCUCAAGCGAUACUUGCCGAGCAUCACACAGGUUCUCCACUCUGCGGUCAACGGCGUCGUCUACAUAUUCUCCUACUCCUCGAUGGAGUGGGAGCGCGGCACCGUCGAGGGCACCGUCUUCGUCUGUCUCCAGGCUGGCCACUCUGCCCACGACCUCGACAGCAAUGCCUGUGUCGUGGUGCUCAACCGCAAGGGCCUCGACAACUUCAUCCUCGAUCUGAGCACGGUCAGUUCCUUCGAGUUCAACGGCGAGUUGUUCAUAUUCAAAAUGGACGAUCAAGACAGCGCAAGCGGUGGCCCUCGGAUCUACGGUGUCUGGACUCACUACGAUGACCUCGAGGAGCGCAAGACUGCCGCCGCACGGAUCAGUGAGCUCUGGGCGACAGUACGGGCGGCGAAGGAGCAGAGACAGGCUGCCGGCAUUGACUACCACCAACAAGUCCACGAUGCUCAGAUGGGACCCGCUCUCCAGGCUCUUGGCCGCCGCCUGAGUUUGAGCGCUUUAUUUGGCGCCGAGAAUGGCGCCUGA